CAGUUAGCAGCAGCACAGAGAGAAAAACUGAACAAAAAGUGGAGAAGACCUGAGUAUGAGACGCUGAGAGUCAUGGAUUUUACGAAACGGACCAGAUGAAGACUUUCGUUGGUUUUGUGCGACUGUUUUGAUAUGCAUAAAACUGUUUUUUGAACGUUGCGGGCAAUGAAUGUCCUUUUGUGAAGCAGCACUGAGCACCAGUCAUUUGCUGAAAGAUGAAUGCUCUGGUGGCUCUCUGUCACUUCUGUGAGCUCCAUGGCCCUCGGACGUUGUUUUGCACUGAAGCACUGCACCCUCCAUCCCCGUCGCCUUCAUCCCAGGCAGGUGCCCCUGUGCCAGGGGACAGGGACCGCGAUGGUGACCGGGAAGGAGAAGGGCUGACCAUGAGGGCCAACAGCUCGGCCACACAGAGAGGGGAAAUGUGUGAUGGCUGUCGAUCCCUUCCCGCAUCUCACCCUGGCUUCAUGAGCAUUGAUGACGAAACAGGCAUUCGCUUCCUGAGCCACCAGCAUCCCAGGCAGCCGCAGCUGUUCAGCGUUGUCCGCCAGGCCUGCGUACGCAGCCUCAGCUGUGAGGUAAACAGUGACGUAUGUCCCGGCCGUGAAGGGCCAAUUUUCUUUGGAGAUGAGCAGCACGGUUUUGUGUUCUCACACACGUUCUUUAUCAAAGACAGCCUCGCCAGGGGCUUCCAGCGCUGGUACAGUAUCGUCAUGGUAGCAAUGGACAGGAUCUACCUUAUCAACUCCUGGCCUUUUCUGUUACGCCACCUCAGACUCACAAUCCAGAGCCUGCAAAGCACUGCCCUCAAGGUGUUUGACAAUGAACAAGGAGUUUGUCCCCAGCGAGCAGUGAGGAUGAACAGUGUCUUCUCACCUGCAGUGUUUCCACACCAAAGGAGUGGCAAUGCAGCACGAUCACUAACUUCUCUUACCCAGCAUCCCAAUCUCUGGGCAAGCCUGCACUCCUCCUUUAGCUGGCUGCUGAAGGCCUGUGGGAGUCGUCUGACAGAGAAGCUGCUGGAGGGAGCCCCCACAGAGGACACGCUGGUGCUUAUAGAGAGACAGACAGAGCAAGAGGAGGAAAUGAGCUGCUGGGAAGGAGCAGAAGGAGGUGCAGCAAAGUCACAGCGGCAUCAAUCAGAGAGCGAGCUGGGUCACAACUUCCUGUACGAUGAUGCAAAAUUGGACGAGUUACCUGGUCCCAAAUUUAGAUCACUGAGGCAUUUGAGACAGGUCCUAGGGGCUGCUGAGUUUCGUCAGCUGGUGUGGCAUGUGCUCAUGGGAAAUCAGGUCAUAUGGAGAGGCGCAGACCCCGGGCUCAUCCAAUCAGCUUUUACAGUGCUCAAGUCUUUGCUACCGGUGGGCUGUGUGCGAUCUGUGCCCUACAGUGCUCAAUAUGAGGAGGCCUACAAAUGCAACUUCCUGGGCCUCAGCCCUGAUGUACCUAUUCCAACGCACGUCAGCUCCUCAGAGUUUUCAGUCCUGGUGGAUGUCACUUCAGAGAGAAGCUGUCAGAUCUCAGCAAUGGGUGAAGACGAUAUCUCCUCACUUUAUCAGUUCGCCAUUAGCAGUGCCAACACACAGCCCACAGACAGGGGUCCAACGUUAUUAAACAAGCUUGAGGUGGCUCUGUCCAAUGAGAACUUGUCUGUGGAUGUCGUAUCUCACUGCCUGUUGUGUCUGAAGGAGGAGUGGAUGAAUAAGGUCAAAGUUCUGUUCAAGUUCUCCAAAGUGGACGGGCGAGGGAGGGAAGACACCCAGAAGGUUCUGGCACUCCUCGGCGCCACAGGGCCAGGCGAGGAGGACAACGUCAGGCUAUUAAAGUUCUGGAUGACUGGACUCAGCAAAACCUACAAGAGUCAUUUAAUGACCGCAGUGCGUGGAGGGGAGAGGAGCCCUAGCCAGUGACAAAGAGGGGUGAAGAAAGGAGGAGGGGUGAAGAGAAAGGGGACUGAAAAGGGUGGCAAAUACUAGAGAAAGGAAAGUGAAAGCAAGGAAUUUUCAUCAACAGUUUUUUUUUUUUGUUUUUUUUUUAGCUGUUUGGGACUUUUAGCGGGAUGAAAAAGGAAUGUGAAUGGAUGAUAGAAAUGCUUUGACUCAUCCAUUAUUGUCUUUUAAAUUAAUGAGAAAUCUACUGUUCCUAACCCUGAUUAUUAUCCUGCACAGAUUAACACAUUCAGCCAGUUUGGAUAAUGUAUGAGGCUGUUGUUUGUCAAAAGGGAAUUAUUGUACCUCUACAUAUUAUUAUGUAAAGUUUAACUUAUUACAAACAGACUUUGCACUUUGUUUACUCUUUUUCUGAUGUUUUAAAAUGAAAUAAAUGAACAUGAACAGUCA